CACAAAUAAAAAUAAAGAUAGACUAUUAAAAUAAAUUUCAGUUUUUAGCCUAUUAAUUUUCAUUUCUGUUGUCAGUCUACUUUAGUUGUCCCCGCCUUCUUCAGAAUCCAUGGCUGCAUCUAUACCACACUUCUCUCUGCUUCGGAACUAUGCAGCAACAACUGCAAGAGCUUUUGUGACUGUGAAAGUGAAACCUUCCUACACCAUUUCCUCCACUACCCUCCUUCAUCUUCCCUCUCGCUCUCGCAGAUUGCAGUUUUAUGCCAGUGCUACAAACAAUGAAGAGGCUGCUGCUAGAGCAGCAGCAGCCAAUGCUGACAGUGGAGCUCCAACCAUAUUUGACAAGAUCAUAGCUAAGGAAAUCCCUUCAAGCAUUGUUUAUGAGGAUGAAAAGGUCCUAGCAUUUCGUGACAUUGAUCCGCAGGCUCCUGUUCAUGUUUUAGUCAUUCCAAAGUUUAGGGAUGGAUUGACACAGCUCGGGAAGGCUGAAGCAAGGCAUGGAGAGAUACUGGGUCAGCUUCUCUAUGCUGCCAAAAUUGUAGCCGAGAAAGAAGGUAUUCUUGAUGGUUUUCGUGUUGUCAUAAACAAUGGCUCGGAUGCCUGUCAAUCUGUUUAUCAUCUCCACUUGCAUGUCCUGGGUGGGAGACAGAUGAAAUGGCCACCUGGUUGAAGAUCGGAAAAUGUCCUUUAGAACUUCACCAUCCACCCCCACCUCCCCCCCCACCCCCCCCCCCCCCCCCCCCCCCUCUUUUUCCGUUUUUCAAUCGUAUCAUAUUUAAGACUCUUCUUUGGGUGAUAUUUUUGGAGUGUGAUAUGCCUAUAACUUAUGUUCCCCAUAACAUUGUAAGAUUGGACCUGAAAACUAGAAGAGCUAAUAAAUAGAGGCUUUCCAUUUGGGGACUUAAAGAGUUAGGAAUUGUUUAUUUAUAUAUCCCUGGAUAGAAUUAAAUGGGAGAAAUGGUUUUGAGUAGCCAAUUACAAGUUGAUGGGACAUGAGGCUUUAUUUAUUUUGAUAAAUAUUUAAGCAUUUUUAAA